CGUUACUUUGAUGGUCGGGAAGCAUUAGGUCAGAGGCUCUUAAGCGAGACAAGACGCAAGAAAGAACUUUUGGAACUGACAAUGCAUCCUUUGACGACAGCUCUGCUAUGUCUCUUGUGUGAAGACUAUGAAGGCGAUCUACCCUCAAGCAAAACUGAGCUCUAUCUUGAAAUAACUAGUUGCGUUUUAAGGCGAUUUCGGCGAAAGAAAGGAUUCUCUGACGUAGAAGGAGACUUGAUUGACUUCCACAAAGAUGACGUAGAGCGACUGGGACGACUAGCCUGGAAAGGUUUGACAGAAGAUCAGAUGUACUUCAAAAGAAGUGAACUCGGAGGUUCAGCAAGUGAAAUACCGGUGUUUGAAUUCCUGUCAGUCCUCACCAAUCGCAGCAAAAGACGCCCGUCCCUAGAUUAUGCAUUUAUUCACAGAAGUUUUCAAGAUUUCUUCGCAGGUUACUUUUUAGCGAGCCAGAUUUUAAGUGGUGAAAUAAGCCCCGAAAUGCUAUUUCCCAAAGAUGGGUCAUACGUUAAGUAUGAGCUCGCUCAUUUCUUUGCAUUUGGAAUUAUCAGCCUCAAGAGUGAAGAGAGAGCAACAUGUUUCAUGAACAUCAUAGUCACAAACAUUAAUCAAAGCUCAGAUCUUCUUGCAAAUUACUUUGUGUAUUUUGCCUUAAAAUGCAUUAGGGACUGUAUAGGAGUAAGUUCUACUCUUUCAAUUAAGUUGUUGCACUUGUUUGGCACCAAACUGCUGCGCCACACAUUGCUAAUUAUUGACCACAAAUGUGACAUUCCAUUGCUUGCUGAGGCGCUUAGAGUAAACACCACCCUGAAGGAAUUCAGUAUCUCAUGGCCAUUGUAUCCUACAGACAUGUGCGCGGUUUCUUUGGCCAGGACUCUUCAAGUCAACCAAACCCUGGUACAAGUCAACCUAACAAACAAACUUACCAGUGCAGUUGGGGUCCAGCAAUUGGUAGACGCGCUUAUGGUAAACUCCACCCUCCGUGAUUUAAGCCUUGCUGGCAAUAUGUUGGAAGAUGAUAGCGCCGAGAUUUUGGCGGAGUACUUUAAGGCCAAUAAAGCCCUGGUUUGUUUAAACCUGGGGGCAAAUGGAAUCACUGACCAUGGAGCCAUAUUUCUGGCAGAGAGUCUACGCCGCAAUACCUCGUUGGAGGUCCUGGUCCUGGCAGGAAACUUAAGUUUUGGUAACCCUGGGGUUUUGUCUCUUUGUGAAACUCUCAAAAUAAACAAUACGCUCGCUAAGUUAGAUCUGUCAGGAAGUAGCCUAGAUGAUGAUGGUGUUCAGUCGCUCCUUAAAACUGUCAGGGAUGGUACCACCCUAACCGAUCUGAACUUAUCAGACAUGAAGAUGAUAACCAAGAAGAGCAUCCGUUCUUUCGCUGAAUUUCUGAGAGUGGAUUCAUCCCUGAUAUCACUUGGUUUUAAGGGAAAUAAAGUCAGUGUAGGUGGUGCCCGAUUAAUCGCUGAGAGCCUCAAAGUCAACAAAACUUUGAAACGUUUGGAACUGUCAAGGAACGACAUCAGAGCGCCAGGAGCCCAUGUUCUUUCUGAGGCGCUUAAAGUCAACACAGUACUGGUCUUUUUGGAUCUGUCGCAGAACGCGCUCAGAGCUCGAGGUGCUCAGCUUCUUUCAGGUGGUCUUGGAGUCAACUCAGCUCUGACUCAUCUUGAUCUCUCAGUGAAUGAUAUUGGUCCUGAAGGUACUCAGUCAAUUGCCGAGGCCCUUAAAAUUAACAAAGGACUUACUGCUCUUAACUUGUCAAGCAAUGCUAUUGAAGAUGCUGGAGCUAAAUCACUCUGCCAAGCCCUUAAAGAAAAUAAAACCCUGAUCAAGAUGUCCAUCGUAGGAAACGGUAUUCAAUCCUCUGGUGCAAGGGCUUUUGCAGAGGUUCGAGAAACGAAUAGCACAUUGCUUCAUUUAGAUAUGGGGGGAAACAAUAUCGGUCAAUCUGGAAUUCAAGCUCUCUCAGACGCUGGUUUCCAGGGAUUCCUUCCACUGCGAAUUAAUUUCGAGAUUGAUUGCGAAAUUGGAUUGAUUCCCAACCAGUGAACAUUGCCAGUUAAAUUUCUUCCAAAAUAAAAGUUAUUUUGUUGACAAAGAGCAGUCGAAUACGUAAGGCGAGAAAUGGGUAAACUUGGAGCACAUUCUGAGCACAUUUUUAAGUCUAUGAAUUUAAGGUUUAUGAAGUGCAGGGAUGGAAGUUACCACUGUAAGCUUAAGUUCUUUGUGCGAACUAUUCGGAUGUCAGUUUUCUGUUUGUAGGCGUACCGAAUUCGCAUUAGUAAACUUUAAGUUAAUACGCUAAAAUCAAAUACAGCCAAUCUGAAACAUGUAUGUAUUUCCUCGCUGUUAGUUUGGUGGAACAUUACCUUACGCACCAGGAGAGAGAUUCUGCCCCAGGUGUCGAUCAUUACUAGGGAUUUACCUAUAUCGAGUACGGUACUAACUUUUUUCCUCAACAUUGAUAGGGAUGUUGUUACGUCAUUUUUAGUGGUCACACGUGUUAAUUGUAUGGUCGGUUACAAAGUUACUAAGGAUAUUUAAAUCGAAACUGAUCGUAAUUCCCUUUACUUUCAUGGCACUCACACACAACUUGUAAAGUUACUUUGGUAACACCGCAGUGACUGUAUGAUCCGCUGCGUACGAUUGCGCAUUUGGCCUUUGGUGGCCAGAAUAACGUAGGUUCAGGAGGAAACAAAUCAUAGGGAGGUCACAUGCAGUGUCGAAAGAAUCGAUACCUCGAUCAAACUCUCCGGGACAAGGUAGCCGGAAAACCUUGAAAACUCAAUACCUGACUAUAAAAAAAUACAAGAAAGAGCUUAAGGCUACGCUCACACGGUACCGGACGAAUUUUCGACCAGCCGAAAGAUUCGACCAGACAUUCUGUAUACACGAAACCGUGUGAAAGUUUCGUUCUGUUCAGAUGGAACUGAUAACAGGAUAAAUUUUGCGGCAUUCUUGAUUGUUUUACUCUAUCCUGAUGCGCAGAACGCUUCUUAACCCGUAUAAAAUUGUAAACAUGUUCUUUAGCCUAGUUACCACGCAUCCAUGCAGCCACGCCUUCGCCGUACAAAAAUUUUGACGUUUAAGGUGUUUACACUGUGGCGCUCAAAUUAUUGACUGCAUCGCCCAAAAAUUCAUCCUCGAUUUUGGUCUUCAAAGUUUUGAACGCUUGGGCGUCCAAAUUUUCGUACGUUUGGCGUAGUUCCAUGUGAACGAAACGCCCAAACACACGAAUUUUCCACCGGUCGAAAAUUUGUCUGGUACUGUGUGAACGUAGCUUAAGUCUCAAUCCCAAUACCGCCCCGAAACAUCUGAAUCCAUAAAAUGUCAUGUGUCUACAUCUCUUUUCCAAAGCCCCUCAACCUGAUUGGGCAGUGGCCUCUCUGAGUUUUGCUUAGGAACCCUCCUUAGAGUUUGUAAUCCGAUUUUGGGCACUAGUGUCCUAUUUUGGACACUGGUGACUAAAUUAGGACGCUAGUUCCUGAUUUUAGACGCGCGUCUUAUCGUAGACAGUACUGUUUGAUGUUAAACAUCAGUGUCCUUUUUUUGACACUAGCGUCUGAUUUCGGCCACUAGUGUCCUAUUUGGACACUUAUGUCUUAUUUAGACACUUGGACACUUGUGUCCGAUUCUGGACACUAGUUUCCAGUUUUGGACACAAGUAUCUGAUGUUGGAAUUUAUUAUCUGCAUGUUGACACCACUGUCCAAUUUUGGAAAUGAUUUUCCUUUUUUAAUUGAACAUCAUGUUAUGUCGUAAUACUCUGAUGGCUCCGACAGAUAAUUCCACUUUCCAAGACCGUGGUUCAUUUUGGGCUUGUGCAUAUUUAGGGAAGUAGAUAAUUGGAGUUAGAAUCAAUCCUACGAAUAGUUAAGUUUACGAAUGAAUGAGUAUGACUGAGA